AUGGGCUCCGUCCUUAACAAGGCCUAUCGGAAAAGAAUUCAAAAGGAUGACGAUUUGAUUUGGAUCUGCCAAUGCGCAGAAACGUCGAGCGAAGCGGAGAUCGAAGUGAGCAAAAGCCAACUGAGGGCUACGUCUUUGGAAGUCGACUUCAAUGAAAACGGAGAGACAUUGGUGGUGGUGACCUUCAGAGCUAAACGAUUCACGUUCAAGCUGGUGCCUGGGAAGGAGGUCCCGUUGGAGAAUUCUUGGAAAAAGAUCUUUCGUAACCUCAAGAACCGCUACUAUUGCACCUACGUUGUUGGCUCCCCUCAUCCCGAUGCCAUCAUCUCCAUUGUCACAAACCAUCUCCGAUUCCUUUUCAACAUUUCCCACAUCACCGCGGUUCGCUUCCAAGAUCCCUCGCGUGAUAUCCGGGAGCUAUGCACCCCACUCACUAGCUGCCUCUUCUAUGUCCCCAAACUUUUCAUCAAUAAGCCAAAAGUAACCGCCGAUGAAAUGAACUUUGUUCGAGACAACUUCGAAAACCUCCAGGAGAUUCUGAUCGAUACUGAUGUUCCUGAAGGAUUUGAGUCGUGGAUUCUGGACCAUCGGAAGGUGACAAUCUUCAGUAAGAUGAAGUUGGAAUGCAUGGAUUUGUCAUGGUCCAGAUGUAUUCAGUUGGAGAUUUGGAGUAAGAGUAUUACGGCUAAGGAUAUAAACAGAUUCAUUAGCAUUUGGAUGGAUCAGGGGUAUCCACGUCAACUGCAAUCGGUGGUCUUCAAUGACUUCGCUGGAGACAAGAACGACAUCAUUGAUGGAAUCGAUCGUCGUUGUUGGGAUCCUAGAACUCGACCUCGUUAUUUCCCAUUGCAGUCAUCCAUCGGACUCAUCAAAUUUGAUUGUAAGGAUGGUCUAGACGUCAUUUAUCCACGAGGGGAGCUAUACCGGGAAAUCGGAACCAUCUGGUUUGGAGCGGAGAGGAACUCUUGCGUUUUCAUGGUCCAUCCAAAGGAUCCGGUGAAGAGUUAUCAGUGGUAUUGGGAUCUUCCACAUAACUUCUUUGGACGGAAAAUCAAUAACAAUCAGGAUCGGAACAAAAACCUGAAGCCCUCAAUUGUGGAUUCAACUGUAGCGUUGAACAAAUAA